AUGAAGCAGCGCUUCUCAUCCCUCGACGUGAAGGUCAUUGCCCACGAAUUAUCAGCUUCUCUCACCAGUCUGCGUGUCUCAAAUAUCUACGAUCUUUCCAGUCGAAUUUUCCUGGUCAAAUUCGCCAAACCCGGCCGCCGAGAACAACUGCUAAUAGACUCUGGCUUUCGAUGUCACCUCACAUCCUUCUCCCGCACGGCGGCCACUGCCCCGUCAGCCUUUGUCAGUCGUUUGCGGAAGUACCUCAAGAGUAGGCGCGUGACCAAUGUGGCACAAAUAGGGACCGACCGAGUCGUGGAACUCACCUUCAGUGAUGGGCAAUAUCGAUUGUUCCUGGAAUUCUUCGCCGCCGGAAACAUAAUCGUCACGGAUGCGGAGUUGAACGUACUGGCCUUGCAGCGACAAGUGAGUGAGGGUGACAAAGAUGUCGACGUCAAACUUGGCGGGAAAUAUGUGCUCGAAGCGAAACAGAACUUCCAUGGUGUCCCUUCUAUCACACCCGAAAGAGUGAAAGAAACCCUCGAAAAGGCCAUACAGAGAACGAAAGCGGCCAAUGAGAUCGGAGGCAAAAAGGCGAAGACAGCAAGAGGCGGAGAUGAUUUGAGAAAGGCUUUGAAUGCUGGUUUUCCCGAAUUUCCUGGCCAUUUGUUGGAUCACGUUUUCAAGGAGACAGGGAUCGACACAGGCCUGAAGGCGGAAGAUGUCACCGGGAAUCAAGAGUCUAUACAGCUGAUAAUGAAAGCUUUGGAUCAGGCGGAGGAUAUUUUCAAGGCCUUGGAUGCUGGCCAUUCGAAGGGCUACAUUAUUGCCAAAUUAAAGAUGCCUCCGCCGGAUGCUGAACCGUCAGACACCCAGAUUCCAAACGGAGACGCGCUCUUUUAUGAUGAUUUUCACCCAUUCAGACCGUCUCAGUUUGAGGACAAGCCGGACAUAUCUAUUCUUGAAUUUGACGGCUUCAAUCGCACCGUGGACGAAUUCUACUCCUCGAUCGAAUCCCAGAAGCUCGAGUCGCGACUUACAGAACGGGAGGAGGCGGCAAAGAGAAAGCUCCAAACCGCAAAGGAUGCGCAUGAGAAGAGACUGGGAGCUCUUCAACAAGUCCAAGAAUUGCACGUCCGAAAAGCACAAGCUAUCGAGGCAAAUACUCACCGAGUAGAAGAAGCUUGUGCUGCUGUUAAUGGCUUGAUUGGCCAGGGCAUGGAUUGGGUAGACAUCGGCAAGUUGAUUGAGAACGAACAAAAACGCGGAAACGUCGUAGCACAGACGGUCAAGCUUCCUCUAAAGCUCGAAGAGAACACGGUCACCCUGUUGCUUGAUGAACCUAGCUUCGAUGAAGGAUAUGAGAGCGAAGAAGAGGACAAGACCGAUGAUGAGGACGAGUCUGACGAGAGUUCGGGUAUGGGACCCAGCAAAACAGCAUCCUCAGUUGCAGAGAAACGAUUGGCUAUUGAUAUCGAUCUUGCUCUUUCACCAUGGGCUAACGCCCGGCUGUACUAUGACCAAAAGAAGAGUGCUGCUAUCAAAGAGAAGAAGACGAUAGAAGCCUCCGCAAAAGCUCUUCAAUCCGCCGAAAAGAAGAUUGAUGCCGACCUGAAAAGGGGCCUGAAGCAGGAGAAAGCUGCCUUAAGACCUGCAAGAAAGCAGUUUUGGUUUGAGAAGUUCCUCUACUUCAUCUCCAGUGACGGAUAUCUGGUGAUUGGCGGCAAGGAUGCUCAACAGAACGAACUGCUUUACCGAAGAUACCUGAAAAAAGGAGAUAUUUAUGUUCAUGCCGAUCUUCAAGGCGCUUCGAGCGUGAUUGUGAAGAAUAAUCCGAGGACUCCUGACGCACCGAUACCUCCAUCGACAUUGUCACAGGCGGGUGCUUUGACGGUUUGCACGAGUAGCGCAUGGGAUUCAAAGGCGCUCAUGGGUGCAUGGUGGGUUAAUGCUGAUCAAGUCAGCAAGACUACCCCGACUGGCGAGUACCUUACGACUGGUGGGUUUGUCAUUCGAGGCCACAAAAAUCUUUUACCCCCAAGCCAACUGCUACUCGGCUUUGGAGUCAUGUGGUUGAUCAGUGAGGAGAGCAGGGUCAACCAUGGGAAGCAUCGGUUGGAAAGAACAGAGAGCAUGCUAUCAGGCGAAGCGAAAGCCUUGGCAAAUGACGCCAGAGGGCUCGAGGAGCCAGACCAGCCAGGAGAAGCAGGAACAUCGUCUCAUGAGCAGAAUCAGGCAGUUCCCGAUAUCGAAGGUGCCGCUGACAAUGCAGGUGGAGAAGAGAAAGAGAACGACCUUGGUGUGAGCUUAUAUGAGAAUCCUGAGGAUGACAACCAGGACCAAAGCGAGGAAGAAGAUAACGAUUCGAUCACGUCUUCCGAAAUCGAUGAUAAGCGGUCGAACCCUUUACAAGUCCAUGGUCCCGACCAAAACCCCCCAGAGCCUGAUGGCAAGGACGACCCCGAAGUCGAUUUCGAGGCUGAGUCGGAUAGCAAGUCAAAUGAAAAUGAUGGCAAUGAAGAGAUCGGUCUCGACGACACACCUGACGGAGACUCUUCAACACGACUAUCCACGCCAGCGCCCUCGCAGCCAAAAUCUCAACCACCUCAAACUACUAAGCCCAAACAACUGCAGCAACAGUAUGCUCGUGGCAAACGAACUAAAAUCAAACGCGCGCAGAAGAAAUACGCAGACCAAGACGAAGAAGACCGCGCCCUCGCCAUGCAACUUCUCGGCUCGAACCGUGCCCAAGAACGCAAAGAAGCCGCCGAAGCAGAACGAGCCGCACGCGAAGCCAAAGCUCAAGCCGACAAAGAACGACGCAAAGCACAGCACGCAAAGGCUGCGGAGAAAGAACGCCUACGCCGCGAACAACUUGAAAAAGCUGCCGCAGACAGCACCAAUUCCUAUAACCUCGACGAUGACGAAUUGAGUAAAGAGCAAUUGGAGCAAGAACGUCGGGAACUCAUGGACAUUGACCGGCUAGUCCCGAUGCCUGAGCCCGGCGAUGAACUGCUCGCUGGGAUUCCCGUUGUCGCGCCGUGGACGGCGAUGGCGAGGCAGAAAUAUAAGAUUAAAUUGCAGCCUGGAAAUGUGAAAAAGGGGAAAGCCGUUAAAGAAAUCCUGGGAUUUUGGACAAGCCUCGGGACAAGGGGGCCGAAGGUGGUUGAUGAAUCGAAUAGAGAUAAAGAACGCGUGUGGAGGAGGGAAGUCGACCUCCUCAAGGAGUGGAGGGUCGAGGAAGUUGUCGGGUAUGUUCCGGUGAAGGGGUGCAGGAUUGUACAAGGGGGUGGGAUGGGAGGUGGUCUUGGAGGAGGAGGUAGUAGUGGUGGAGGGAAAGGGAAACGAGGAAGUGGUGGUGGCGGUGGUGGGAAGAAAGGGAGAUAG